UGCUCUUUGACUUCUAGCCUGUAUCAGAGGUUGACGGACCUGCAGUGUAACGCAGACAUGAGAACAGGCGCUCAUCCUUUCUGUACAGAUUUCAAUAGAAAAUGGACAACAGCAGCCUGGAAUUACUCCGAGAUACUAACAUGUCUCUUCAGAUUCAACUUCAGUCCUGUACAACCCUGAGGAACCAGGCCUCUCGUGUUUUUCUUUAUGCCUUCUUUUUUGUCAGCAUUGCCUGCACAGUGGUGGGAAACUUCCUGGUGGUCUUGUCUAUCGCCUACUUCAAGCAGUUGCAGUCACCCACAAACUCCUUUGUGAUGUCUUUGGCAGUGGCUGACUGUCUCGUAGGCCUCAUUGUGAUGCCCUACAGUAUGAUUCGGACUGUAGAGGGAUGCUGGUACUUUGGUGCGCUUUUCUGUCGACUUCACUCUAGCCUCGAUGUUAUGCUUUGCACUGCCUCCAUAUUCCAUCUCAGCUGCAUUGCCUUUGACCGCUACUAUGCAGUCUGCCACCCAUUAAUCUAUGCUUUAAAGAUGUCCAGCAGGCAGGUAGCUUUCCUCAUUGUUGUAUGUUGGGUUGUUCCCAUGCUUAUUUCCUUUGGCCCCAUAAUGCUAGAUCUCCAUGUUGCUGGUGUGGACAUCUUACUGCCGAAAGACGCGUGUGUGUUCUUGGUCAAUCGCAUUUAUGCUGUAAUGGCUUCCUUGGUAGCCUUUUACUUGCCAAUGGCUAUCAUGUUAGUAGCAUACUGGAGGAUCUUCAAAGCCGCCAAAAGGCAAGCCCGACAGAUCAGUGCCAUGGAAAGCCAGAUGGCUGCUGGUGUGGGCAAAGAUUCGAGCAAGAAACAAAGACACCGAAACAAUAUAAAGAGAGAGAGAAAGGCAGCAAAAACGUUGGGUAUCAUCAUGGGAGUUUUCCUAAUUUUCUGGAUGCCUUUCUUUACAGUCAACAUUGUGGACCCAUUUAUUGACUACAGCACCGAAGUGGUUGUCUGGGAUAUAUUUUUAUGGCUAGGAUAUAUCAACUCAUCCCUGAAUCCCUUCCUGUAUGGUUUCUUCAAUCGCUCUUUCCGUAGGGCAUUCUUCAUGUUCAUAGGCUGCAGAGUAUGUCUGUCUGGAUCUUCAUCUGGUAUGGAGCUAUCUCACACAAGGAAAGAGGCAAAUGAACAUGCAGACAAAUCAUAAAAUAAUAAUAAUAAUAAUAAUAAUUGUAUUUGUAUUUGUAAAUUUUGUGUAGGCAUAUGAAGAUUAGCAUGAUUAACAGUAAGGGUUUAUAUCUUUGGAAAUCGAAUGCAUUCAUAAUGCUGGGUAAAACUAAGAUGCUGUGUUUAUGACUACUAUCUCAGAUUAAGCAAUUGUUGAGUGAGGUUUUUUUUUGUUGCCUUGAUGUGACGGCACACGCUGAUCUAUUUGCUGUAUUUUUAUGCCAUGCUUGACAUUAACAUACAGAAAGCUCUUGCAACUGAUUCCUAGAGACAAAAAGGUGAAACAUAAUAUAAUAAAUGAUAUCU